AUGGGCGCUGUUAACUCUUUUAAGUAUUGCCUCCACCUCGUUUUGGCAACUUGGCGGAACGUACCUAGUCGCGUGUCAUCUGCCAGAGUACUCGUAAUCUCCAACAUCGGACUGUUGACUUGGUACCUUCUCAAAGUGAGCGCCAGCAACGGGAGAGGCGCCACCGUCAGCACAAAGGGACAAGUGAAGGCAAUCCCUUUGACCAAGUUUCUGCCCAACCGUUGUUUGUUCUACCUUCUAUUUCUGUAUCUCUUUCGCUUAACCCCACACAAUUCACACAAUUCUGUGUCUUCUUCUCCUCCAAUGUCGCCUAUGAACGUGUCGCUACAAGUGGGUUUAGUGAAGCGUAAUCAUCUCCGCCACCGGUACCAGAUGCCGUUUGCGGGGCUCCUGGCCCACAUUCUGCCCCCUUUUUCCCAACCGCUCGUCAAUUGA